AUGGCGUCUCCGGCUGUCAAGAAAGCAAUCGCAGAAGCGGCUGCUCAGUACGCAAAGCCAGAAGGGAGGAUCUUCCAAUAUGGUACUGCAGGAUUCCGUAUGAAGGCCGACCUUCUCAAUACCGUCGUUUUCACUGUUGGUUUGCUUGCGGGCCUUCGUUCCAGGAAGCUUAGUGGGCAAUGGGUUGGUGUCAUGGUCACUGCCAGUCACAAUCCUGCAGAGGACAAUGGCGUGAAGCUCGUCGACCCUAUGGGUGAGAUGUUGGAGGCCGAAUGGGAGACCUAUGCGACCAGACUUGCCAACGCCCCGCUCGACAAGGUCGGAGAUGUGUACGAAGAGUUGAUUAAAGAGAUCGAUGUCAGCAUGGAGAACCAAGCUCGCGUUGUUUUCGCCCGCGACACUCGCGCGUCUGGCUCUCGCCUCGUCUCGGUUCUCAACGCCGCACUUACCGCUACGGAAGUCGAAUUCCUUGACUUGAAGUACCUGACCACCCCUCAGCUUCACUAUAUCGUUCGGUGCAAGAACACUCUGGGUACACAGUAUGAAUAUGGUGAGCCCACCGAGCAGGGUUACUACGAGAAACUUGCCGAGGCUUUCAAGAGAGUGAUGCGGGGUAUCAAGAUCAAGGGCUCUUUGACCGUUGACUGCGCCAACGGUGUUGGUGGACCCAAGCUCAGGGAGCUUAUCAAGUACCUGCCCACUGCGGAGGAAGGUGGCCUUGACAUCAAGAUCGUCAACGACGACGUCAUCAACCCUGAUAGCCUCAACUUCGAGUGUGGUGCCGAUUAUGUCAAGACGAAGCAACGUGCUCCUCCGUCUUCCAAGGCCGGUCCUCUCGAGCGUUGUGCCUCAUUGGACGGCGAUGCUGACCGUAUCGUUUACUACUUUGUCGAUGAGAGCAACGUGUUCAGGUUGCUCGAUGGCGAUCGCAUCGCCACCCUUGCUGCAUCAUUCAUUGGCGACCUUGCUCGUAGCGCUGGCAUCGCACAGAAACUCAAGAUCGGAGUUGUGCAGACUGCUUAUGCCAACGGAUCUAGCACUGACUACAUUGAGAAGGUGCUGAAACUUCCCUCCGUUUGCACGAAUACCGGUGUUAAGCACCUUCACCACGCCGCUUUGCGGUUCGAUGUCGGCGUCUAUUUCGAGGCCAAUGGGCACGGCACGAUCACCUUCUCCGAGAAUGCUUUGAAGACGAUCAAGAAUACGGAGCCUCAGUCUCCUGCUCAGCAGCGCUCGCUCGAGUGCCUCCAGGGCUUGACGGACCUGAUUAACCAGGCUGUUGGAGACGCCAUCUCCGACAUGCUCCUCGUGGAGGCUAUUCUUUCUCACAAGGGCUGGAGCCCCAAGGAGUGGCUUGCGACUUACACCGAUCUGCCGUCGCGUCUUGUCCGUGUCGAGGUCGCGGACCGUUCGAUCUUCAAGGCUUAUGACGCUGAGCGUAAGCUCGAGUCCCCACCCGGCCUGCAGGCUGAGAUUGAGUCUCUGCAAUCCCGGUACAACAAGGGAAGGAGUUUCGCUCGCGCCAGUGGUACGGAGGAUGCUGUGCGUGUUUACGCCGAAGCGGCGAGCCGUUCCGAGGCCGAUGAUCUCGCCACCCGUGUUGCCAACGCGGUUCGUGAGGCUGGUGCCGCCAAGGAACCCUCUUCCUAG